CCUGUGCUCUUCUUGUGGAGCUCCUCUUUUUGUUUUAAUAUGUACCUCUAGCUGUUCUUGAAUUCGUUGCAUAAACCAGGGUGACAUCUAUCUCAAUGAGAUACUUCUGCCUCUGAGUGCAGGGAUGAAAGGCAUGAGCCAAUAGACCAGCUUGCUCAUUGCUUUUUGUGAUUAGUAGGUGUUCAGACAAUUUCGCUGAUGUGUGCUCAAUACUAUUUAUCUGUUUGACUGUCUCUUUUAUGUUUGUUGUUUAGCAUUUCUCUUGCAAGGCAAUAUCCUAUUCAAAGGGUACAGAAAUGACAGAGGAUUCAGUGACCUAUGAUGAUGUGCAUGUGAAUUUCACACAGCAAGAGUGGGCUUUGCUGGAUCCUUCCCAGAAGAGUCUCUACAAAGAUGUGAUGCUGGAGACUUACAGGAACCUCACUGCUAUAGGCUAUAAUUGGGAAGACAACAAUAUUGAAGCAUAUUGUCAAAGUUCUAGAAGACAUGGAAGGCAUGAACGAAAUCAUACUAAUGAGAAACCCUACAAAUGUAAUCAAUAUGAUAAAGCCUUUUCACAACACCAUCAUCUCCAAAUGAAUAAAAGAACACAUACUAGAGAGAAAACUUAUGAAUGUAAUCAGUGUGGGAAAGCCUUUGGAUGUCACUAUUAUCUUCAGUGUCAUGAAAGAACACACACUGGAGAGAAAACAUAUGAAUGUAAUCAGUGUGGAAAAGCCUUUGCACGGCACUAUUAUCUUCAGUGUCAUAAAAGAGUUCAUACUGGAGAGAAACCCUAUGAGUGUAAUCAAUGUGGAAAAGCCUUUUCAUGGUACUGUAGUCUUAAAAAGCAUAAACGUGUUCAUAAUGUAGAGAAACCCUUCAAAUGUAAUCAAUGUGAUAAAGCCUUUUCACAAGACAGUCGUCUCCAAAUGCAUAAAAGAACACAUACUGGAGAGAAAUCUUAUGAAUGUAAUCAGUGUGGGAAAGCCUUUGCACAUCACAGUCGACUUCAAAGUCAUGAAAGAAUUCAUACUGGAGAGAAGCCUUAUGUAUGUAAUCAGUGUGGUAAAGCCUUUGCACGUCACAGUCGUCUUCAAAUUCAUGAAAGAAUUCAUACUGGAGAGAAACCCUAUCAAUGUACCCAAUGUGGGAAAGCCUUUGCAUGUCACAGUUUUCUCUUAACACAUAAAAGAACACAUACUGCCGAAAAACACUAUGAAUGUGAUCAAUGUGUUAAAGCCUUUUCAUGUCACAGUUAUCUCCUGAUACAUAAAAGAACACAUACUGGAGAGAAACCUUAUGAAUGUAGUCAAUGUGGUAAAGCUUUUGCAUAUCACAGUAGUCUCCAACAUCAUAAAAAAUUACAUACUGGAGAGAAACUUCAUGCAUGUAAUCAGUGUGGUAAAGCCUUUGCACGUCACAGUCAUCUUAAAAGGCAUGAAAAUAUUCAUAAUGGAGAGAAACCAUAUUCAUGUAAUCAAUGUGGUAAAUCAUUUGCAAGUUACAGUAAUCUCCAAAUACAUAAAAGAAUACAUACUGGAGAGAAGCCCUAUGAAUGUGAUCAGUGUACUAAAGCCUUUACACGUCAUAGUUCUCUCCUGGUACAUAAAAGAUCACAUACUGGAGAGAAACCCUAUGAAUGUGAUCAGUGUGCUAAAGCCUUUAUAUGUCAGAGUUAUCUCCUGAUACAUAAAAGAACACAUACUGGAGAGAAACCCUAUGAAUGUGACCAAUGUUCUAAAGCCUUUACACGUCAGAGGUAUCUCCUAAUACAUAAAAGAACAAUACAUACUGGAGAGAAAGCCUAUGAAUGUAAUAAAUGUGGUAAAUGCUUUUUCAUAUUACAAUCUUAUUCAAAGGCAUGAAAGAAUUCAUAUUGGAGAAAAAACAACGCUAUGAAUGUUAUCCAUGUGGUAAUGUCUUUGCAUAUCAAGUUACUUUUAUAUCGCAAAAAAUUUGUACAAAUGUAACAUCUUUAGUAUAUAAUCAAUAUGUUAAAGACUUUGCUGGUCAUAAUACUACAUGUCACAGUAGUCUCCAUAUACAUAAAAGAAUAUAUACUGGGGAGAAACCUUACAAAUGUAAUCAGUGUGACAAAGCCUUUUCACAUAACAAUAGUCCUCAAAGGCAUAAAAUUUAUAAUAUGGAAAUACCUUCUAAAUGUAAAUCAAUGUGAUAAAGUGUAGUGAUACCUUUGUUUGGCUUUAAAAUGUUUUAAAAUUAAAAUGUAAAACCUUUCUUUCUGUCUUUGAGUUAUAUUCUGCAGCAGAGCCUUUGCUAUGUUUGUAUUAGUCAGUAAAGGCUGAGAAAUUGUCUUGAGAUUAUUUGAACCUUGCAGAAAUGUUGUCUCUCUGGAGAAUCUGUACUUGGUGCUACACAGUAACUUGCAGCUGCACUGACCUUGGUCCUAAAAUGCUCCUGGCAAAUGUGGAGUUCUUACCUGUGGGUUGUCUCCUCUCACAGGCAGCAAGGGCAAGAUAACUUUGGUAGUUUGAACCUUUCCCAACCCCAAUGAACUUCGUAUAAUGUUUGAAUAAAGUAACUGGAGUGAUCUGGCA